AUGGAAGGAGGUCCCUGCAAACUUCCCCAAGCGCGCAAUUGCAGUUUACUCCCUCACCAGAUACCCUGGGACUUCGGCGAUCCAGAUAGAAGCAAGGUACUACCGACGUCCCCGAAUAAGCGAAUGCUCUGGAAGGACAAAAAGAUAAGGCAGGGUUUUCAGGGAGCCAUCGGGGAGUCCAGCCAUACAUACAGAUACGACGUGUUCCUGAGCUUCCGUGGCAAGGAUACACGGAACGGCUUCACCAGUUACCUCCACGAGGAGCUGAAGCAGAGUGGGAUCGCCGCGUUCAUGGACGAGGAGGAGCUCGGGAAGGGCGAGGAGAUCGCGCCGCCGAUCCUCCGAGCCAUCGGGGAGUCGAGGAUCUCGAUCGUCGUGUUCUCGAAGAACUACGCGUCCUCUAGCUGGUGCUUGGACGAGCUGGUGAGAAUCGUCGAGUGCAGGGAUACGAUGGGGCAGAUCGUGUGGCCCGUGUUCUACAAGGUGGAUCCCUCGGAUGUGAGGAGGCACAGGGGGAGGUACGGAGAAGCCCUAAUCCAUCACGAGGAGAGGUUGAAGUCGAACGGCGGUGAUUCGGAGAAGGUGAAGAGGUGGAGAAAAACAUUGACCAAAGCAGCUAACGUCUCCUAG